AUGGAAAAUAAUAUGUACAACGGCGAAAAGUUGGCCAAAAUACUGACUGAUCUGGAGAAAUCGGAUCCCGACUACGAGGUGGGCGACCCAUACAGCAGGCAGGAUGCGAUCCGUCCGCUGGUGGCCACCAACUGCUCCGAAUAUGUGGUGGCCCACUCCACACACGCCCUGCGACCGGCGCGCCAAUUCGCGGAGGUGGCGCUGCUGCCCCACAUCCUGGAGACGAUGAGGAGACUGGGCCUGAACCGCCUGAUGCGCCUGCAGGCCUUCGCUUGGCCCCAUCUAGGCGGAGGAUCGGGACACGGAGCGAUGAUAGUGAGUGCCCCGCGCAGUGGACGCACCUUUGCCUACGUUCCCGUUGUUUGCCAGGCGGUUUGCAAAUCCCUCGCCGAGAGCCGCCGGCAGAGGAUGCUUCAUCCGGGCGCCGUGGCCUUGAUCCUGGUCCCCGACCUGCAGCGCGUCCGCCAGGUGAGCGCCAUGUGCCACGCCCUGUUAAGGAAGGCGCGCAGCGAUGACUCGAUCACCCUGACCUUGAAUGUUUCCACGGCGAAUUCCUCGGACUUUCUGCUCCGCCUGCUCAACGGCGUGGGCUGCCUGGUGGCCACGCCCGCCCAGCUGGCUUGGUUUGGGCGCGAGGCGCCUGGCCUCCUGCGCUUCCCGCGUCUCCAGUUCUUGGUCUACGAUGACGUGGAUCUGAUGGCCGCCGAGCAGCUGCGGAGGGCCGAGCAGGUGGUGCAGGAGCUGCUGCCCACCACCCACUAUCCCCAGCUGGUGAUGGUGUCGCAGUCCUACAGUGAAGCUCUGAUGACAAAGUUGAGAAUGCUUAGCAGUCGCCCGGCCGUUAUAUUCGGGGAUAUCCUGGAGGCAGCCCUGUAUGGAGGCACUCGCAUCCGGAUUUCCCUGGUUCGCAAGCAGGAAAAGAGCAGCGAGGUGAUGCAGCUGCUGCAACAGCGUUCUCCCGAGGAUUACCGCACGGUUAUCUACUGCCUGGAUGACGGAGAGAUGCGACAAUUGGUGAGGGCUCUAGAGGAUCGAGGAUUCGGUUGUCUUCCCUACUAUCAAACCUCGGAUUUGGCGAUUCGCGAGCAGGUUCACAGCUGGCUGGCGAAGAGUCGCGGGCUGAUCCUCCUCUGCACGGACAGCUGCCCGGAGCUGGUCAUCCGAAAUGCACACACAUUGAUUCACCACGGCAUGGGCGACACGUGGAGCAAGUUCAAGAUGAGACAUCUAACGAUCUCGGAGAAUCUGAGCAACAAUCUUUCUGGAAAACCCAGUCAUCAGGUGACCCUCCUCUCCCAGGUUCUCCUGGACAAUGGCAACCAAAGGCAGUUGCCCCGACUCGUGGACUUCCUGCAGUUGCACCAGCAAAUAGAUCCCGUCGUUUUAUCGGUGGCCCAGAAGAUUCGCGGGGAUGUGGAGAGCACUAAGAGCAACAAGCAGGCGAUCUGUGGACAGAUCCUCCUCCUCGGCGAGUGCCGCGAUCCUGUCUGCGAGGCUCGACAUCAUGUGGCCGAUCUGGACUUGCGUCCCAGCCAUGUUCCCGCCUCCGGAGACGUCAAGGUUCAGCUGGUUCGGGUCUACUCGCCCGCACACCUUUGCGUUCGCCUCGAGGAGCACCUGCCGCUUAAUGGCACUUGGCAAGCGCUGCCCUUCCUGGCGGUGCAGGAGAUGCGCCUGAAGCUGCUGCAGGACAAGGAGCCCCACCGCUACUGGCCACCAGUGGCCGGAGCCAUCUGCAUGCACCACACCACGCUCACCAAGGAACGGGUGAGGGUAUUGAAAGUAGCUCCCAUUCAGGACGUAAAUCUGCUAAGAUCCGAUAUAUCGGUGGAGGUGCAGGCUCUGGAUGUGGACACCCGUGUCCUGGCCACACAAUCCGGACGACUCUACGAGUGCUCGCUGGCCAUGCAGCAGGUGCCACCGAUGGCCUUGGAUCUGCGGUUGCUCGGAAUGGUGCCGCAGUCCGGCGAAAGCAGCUGGUCGGAGGAGGAGCGCAGCCAGGCCGAGAAAUUGCUCAAGAAUUUGCCCAAAGGCCACUUUCUGCAGGCCAACAUUCAGUUCGCAACGGCAGGCACCCUUUUCGUUCAGGAUCUGGUGGCCAUGGUUUAUGCAGACAACUUCAAGGUGCACCUGCGUCAUCUGAAUCUUUGCCAAAAGCUAAUCAAGGCCAAUUUGGCAUGCAGAUGUGAGAGUGCUAAGGAAAAGAUUCUAGAGAUCUUCGGGGAAAAGUUGAUUGUAGAAGAACGGGUGGAGGUAGAACCGAAGGCAAAGAAAGUUCUUGAGGAGAACAAGGAGAACUGGGAAGUAGAACCGAAGGCAAGGGAAGUUCUCGAGGAGAACAAGGAGAACUGUGAAUUAGAAAUGAAGGCAAAGAAAAUUCUUGAGCAGAACAAAGAGAACUGCGAGUCGACACAGGAAAGGACCUUAAAGAAUGGUGAUCAUGUGAUGAAGGAGAAGAAAUCUCACCAACUACUGCCCCCCAGAUGCCUACGUCUUAUGCAGAUAGCACGCGAGGCGUUUGAGGAGAAGGAUCAGGAAGCCAAUAAUAGCCAACAUGAAAUGGGAAAACCUUCACCAUCCAAUGAAGACAGCAUGUCCCAGCUAUACGAGUGCAUCAAGAACUGCGCCCUGCUCGAACUGGAGGAAGAAGAGCAGUCCUUGAAGAAUACCGAUCAGGCUGUCACGAAUCCAGCAGAAUUUCUCAAAAAAGUGAUGAGCGAGGAAAGCAAAGAUAACCGCAAACCCAAGAAGAAAAGCAAGGCAAAGAGUGCUUUGCCAGCGAAACCGAUUAGCAAUUACAAUAAGGAGAUGGCACUGCAAACACAUCCCAAUGUGGUGAGACCCAAGGUGACCUACUAUCAGAACAUAACCACCUUGGAGUUGCAGGUGUGCCUGCCGGAGGAUGAUCUCGAGUACAAGGCUGUGCUGGUGGGAGUGCAGAUUUUCUUUAAGGCCACCUCGAAGUUCUCCGACUUGAUUCAUCAGUUUGUUCUGACCCUGAAGUUUCCAUAUACCUCACUUCGCCAUCACCGAGUGGGACGCACCGUGUACAUCAGCGUCGUAAAGUCGUUGGCCUUCGUUGAUCCGCUGGACUUUGGCGAGUACCGCUUCCUGAAGCCCAACCACGAUAUGCUAUCGAAAAUGGAGAACUACCAUAAGUUGAAGCAAACUGGCUUUAAGCGUUUCCUAAACAAUAGAGGAUAUGUGCAGCAGAAAGUCGACUUGCCACACAGCAGCGAUUACAGCGAUGACGAAGAGCGGAAUCUGGAUGGGAUCGAGCGUGUUGAUCAUAGCGAAAUUUGCGACUGA